CUCAGAUAAGUGCGCGCCUUUGGCCUUCGGCAUGCUGAUAGGAAAUUACUUACUCUGAUAAAUCGUUUCCAAAGAGUACUUAGGUUACCUAGGCUACUAGCAUGAUCUGGUAAUAUACAACUUCGGCAGCGAACUACAAAAGCUUCUUCUAUGGAGACCGCAAUCCGUCGUGCGGCGGAGCAUGAGUACCAGCAUCGCCGGCCAAGAGGUCGUCGCGGCAACGCCACAGCCACAGGAGUCUGCAGCUGCUCUGCCAUUUCUCUCCAGCGAGGAUCCGGCGGCGCAGCGCAGUGACGUCACCAAUCCCACUGGCGCUCCGUCCGGGGACGGAAAUGAUGCCGCGCACCUAGUCUCCGCCCCGCCCCGGCCCGAAAGUCCGGGACAGAAGCGGGCCCGGGCGCUGGCGACUCUCCCGGACGCGGAGCUGAAAAGUGGUGGGUUGCUAGUGCAGCAUGUACAGGAGCUUUCGGAUGAAUUCGGGCGGGUGUCCGAGGCGAAACUCGCCGAGCUUGCCGCUCGGUACGGGAUCGAUGCGGAGUUGUUUUGCAAAGGAGUCCGCCUUCAGGGCGAGGAAGAAGGAACAGGUAGGCCGGAGAAAAACGCACAGGCUUCGUCGCCAUCGGAAGUACAAGUAGAUGCAUCUUCACCCUUGCUCCUUCAUGAACGCGAAGUCAUCGCGCGUGUCCUUCGGCUGCCGCCGCUGCUUCCGUUCCCGGUCGAGGCCUUGCGCGCACUCGCGGUCUUACUCUCCACCGCUAAGUUUGGGGAGCAGGAGGAGCGGGACGUAUUGGAUUCGCUUCGGAGUUUGGUGUUCGAAGCCGAAAGACAGCAGACUCACCCGCAAGCGCAGCGCAGCAUUCAGGAGAGCGCGGCGCACUUUGCGCAGUUGUCCGACUUUCUGCAGGACGAAUACGGCACGUCGAUUCUCGCGCUUGCCAGUCGUCGCGGUUGGGUUACCGUUGUGGAGUUCUGCCUCGGCAAUUUCGCCGCGAAGACGGAAGGUUCGGCCUCGGCGGCGGAAGACGAGGUCCUCGAGCGAGUGGAACUGCGGUUGAAUGAAAACCGCAUGAGCGACUUCGACGGAGCAUUCGACCAGGAGCACGCCGAGAAGCGCCGUGCGUCGCUGGCCCGCGCCCUGAUAGCUCCUCCGGCCGCGAGCGGUGGCGCCGGCGGCGUGGAAGCAAGCACAUCCGGGGAUCGAGCUGCCUCCGGAGGAGGUGCAUCUAGUUCGAAAUUGCAGAUACCGGGGGUAGCUUUCAUACAACCAGCCUCCGGCGGGUCGCAGGCCGGUAUUCUGUCAGCGAGGAGGACCACUGCGGGAGCGACUGACGCGGCCGGCGUCGGUGCUGAUCAAGGUACGACGCAGCCACCGAAGCGCGUUACAUUCGGCGAGACGACGGCGCAGGAACCUCAGUUGCCGCCUACGCAACAAACCUCAGAGAGCGCCAAUCCGUUUUUCGCGAACGCGAGCUUCGGCACUGGCGUCGCGACUCCGGGAAAUGUUUUGAAUCCCGCUAUAACCAUGCCUCCGUUCGGUGUCGCGCCGCCGCCCAUAGGUGCAGGUGUGCCGACCCCAACUGCACAACUGGACGCUAGUAGAAGCAUGGCAGCUGCAAUGCAGCCGCAGCCGCCCGCGCAGCUGGCCUUGAAUGGACUGGAUUCAGGCGUUCUGCCACCCACGGCAGAAGGAGCAAGUAGUGCAGUGGACCGAAACAAACCAGCAGCAGCUCCUGGCAAAAAUAGUACAACGGGCACAGAGGCAGAGAAAGCUGUUGAAGAAGAAAAGAAGGUCGCGUACUACGACAUUGGCACGUUUCGCGAGCACACGGCGCUCUUCUACCAGAGCCACGUGAACGAAAACGAGUUUGACAUAUCGCCGCGGAAAAAGUCCAGAAUAAGUGGUCGCCUCGCCGUAUGCACUGCAAAAGUAUCGUACUCGUAUAAAUGCAUUACAAAUUAGCCCAGCACUACAAAUUAAAUUUGUAAUGCUGAUGUACCUUGAAAAAGAGAUUUGUAAUGCAUAAAUGCAAUUACUACGAGUGCGAUACUUUUGCACAGGAUACGCCGGCUACGUGAACCGGCCGAACCAGAUGGGAUGGACGCCCUUGCUGCUCGCCGCGCGGGAAGGUCACCUAUCGAAUGCAAAAAUGUCUGGGUCUGGAAGAAUGCAAGUUUGUCAUGCUUGUCUCACAUGACUCUUGAAUUUGUCAUGCACAUUACCCAAGCGCUCCAUUUUUCUGUCAUGCAGAAACGCAGUUUGUGUUUGACAUGCAGAAUAGGCAACACCUAGAAGCUCAGAAACUUGUCAUGCUGUGCCAGCACUUGUGGCCUAAUCAUGACACGUCACCCAGCAUCACAAGUUUCCAGACCCAGACAUUUUUGCAUUUGAUAUCACCUGGCCGUGUGCAAGUCCUUGCUGGAGCACCGUGCUGACGUCGACGCGGAGGCGAAAACGACAAAAUUAACGCCGUUGAUGCUCGCCGCCACGGGGGGCUAUCUCGCGGUGGUGGAUCUGCUCUUGACAAGCCGGGCUGACGUCUGGCGUGUAAACAUCAACCGCCAGACUGUUUUCGAACUGGUCAAAAACAAGCGGCACAUGCGCGAUCAAAAGCUGAACUACGCCCAACGGGACGCCCCGACCACCGCUGUCUGUCCAGUAGAUGCACAGGGAAAGCCAAUGGAUCUGUAUUCAGUUUAUGAUUAGUGCUGGUGUUUUCUUCUUGAUCUUGCGCUCGUGCGUCAUGGUUAUCAAGGCUCAUGACUUGUUUUUUUGGAUUGCGAUUGCUUCUUCUUCUUCUUGCUAAUCCAGCUGCACUCGCGUUCGCGAGAAACAGAAAACAAAUCGAAUAAUGAAAUUCAGAUACGGCUUUAACGCUUCUGCAGCAUCCCUGGAGCAAGGGCGUGACCUUGCCGCCAUCGAGUCGCUACUACUACGUGUCACCGCUGGUAAAGAAUUGGACAUUGGCGGGCCUCGAUGAGUUCGAGGUAUGUUCCGCAACUCACACCUUGUUGCUGCGUCGAAAAACAAAUUCUCUCAAUUUUAUACUUACAUACAGAAACUUUCAAAUUUUAUCAUAAGGAUUCGGUGUCGUAUUGGAUCUGGAUGUACUCACACCCGACCUGGAGCCAGAUUUAUACCCAAUACACCGCUUUCUGCGUCAUUGUUUCCUUUCUCGUUGAGUCAUGCCCUUUCAUUUGACAUGUCAUGACGAAGCUUAAUAUUCCAAAUCAAACUUGAUACACUUACACACCUAGCUACAGCUUCAUUUUUCACCCCUUGUAUUGCUUUCUCUAAUUUUUGUAUUCAUCCGGUUGUCACUGUGUGAGUCGUACAAUUGAUUCCCCACUUGUAAACCACAGCAUCAGGGAGAGAAUAAUUUCUUGCCCAUCUACUUUGCUUGCUUGUACAAUAUGAACACAUGAAAAUAUGAAUUCCGUUGAAGGCUACUCCCACCUGAUUCAACUUGAAAUUUGUCACAAGCCUUUUCAAUGAGGUGAACCACAGUCAAUGCUAAAAACACCGUGCUAAUGUGCAUGUAGAAAAUACAAAAAGCCUUUUUAUCGUGUCAGAGAACGGCAAAGUAACAGCCGGCUGAUUCGGUUUCGGAGGAAAAUGCUAGGUCGAAGUCACAGGAAUCGUGUGUUUUCUGUCACGUACCGCACCAUAAACUUUUUAUUUUCGGUUUGUCCCAGCGCCAG